AUGACAGUUUUAAAAUCAGGUAGUUUUAGUCUUGUCAAGAGUAGAUUACCAUUAAUUGAUAUAGCUAAACGAUUUCAAGUUAAAGAUCUUGUUUGGGUUGAUGCUGAUUUACCUCUCACUGCCAAUGACGAAGGUUUAAGUGAAAUGUCUUUUGCAAGUAUGGGUAGAGUCAAUUUAACUGGAACUGCAUUGUAA